CAAACCCAAACUGAUGGAGGGGACCACGUGGAGGACAUCGGCCACGUCAACGAAAGAGUCAACGUUGACGAAGCUGACCAUGAGGUUGACAUUGACAUUCUGACCAAUAAUUCCGAGGACCAUGGAGAAUCUCGGCUGUCACCCCAGCCCCCGCUGCUUAAAAGACCACGAGAUAUCGCCGCACUCGAACGGACGGCAAAGAAGGCACAACUAGAAAAUGGAAGUGUAUAAAAACCGUACGAAAUUUGAUACAUAUUUUUUGCACAGGUGAAAUUAUUACCGUGUCCAAACCAAUCCUCUGGAUGUACCCAAGUUCUUGACGCUGCACAGAUGAAACAACAUAGGAAACAUUGCUACUUCCGCGAGAUAACCUGCCACUGGAUAAACCCACUUCAUUGUCGAUGGAAUAAGCCCGUCGCCAUGUCCCAGUUUGCCGAGCAUUUGACGAAAUACCACAACUGCCACGUGUCCCCAUCCCACAAAUCAGCCAGACUUUUAAACCUGAAAUUGACGAUGGAUGGAGAGUCAUUCGCUAAAGUUCACUACCAUUUACGACCCAAGAUCUUGAAAAAGGAUGGAAAUACUUUUCUCAUCGUGGUCUAUAUUUACCAGAAUUUCGUCAAGUUCUGGGCAGCACGGAAACCGCGGAGAAAUAUACGGUGGAGUUUAAGCUGUCCAAGGAGGUCGAAAAAGGGAAGCAGGUCGACAAAUCCUGGAUCCUUCUGGUCAACCCGUAUCACUGCCGCCUCGGAGAUUUUUUGUACAGAAGAAUCCCGCUUAACCUGUUGAAGGAAUACGGCACCCGGGUCGGAGCAGAGGAAAAAUUUCGGCUGCAGAUUUGCACUUCAUACCAAAUUUUAGAUGCAUGAAUAGAUCGAAACGGUAGCGGAAUGUCUCGUAACGAAUUUUACUCGUGUAGAUCGUUUUUACUUGUUUUUUUUAGUUGUUUGAAUAAUUUACUAGUACUCAGAAAUAUUUAAUUUUAGAUUUGAAAUGAAUUUGUGUUAAAAAA